AUGGCUUACAAAGGAGGGCGAAGCUACCUCAAGGACCUGCGAAGUCUCUAUGUCAAUAUCGAAGAAUCAACUAAUGAGCAAGCGAGCAUCUCCUCCGUCUGCGGAGACAAGCUUGAGAUCCUGCUCACUCCGAAUGAGGGCCCUUACACGCAUGCGAUGUUCACUCUAGAGGUAGGUUUUGAGUCCUUAUUUCUAAGAUUUAUUCAGUUAGCACAACAUAAUCUAAAUCUUUCAGGCUAG